AUGACCUUAGUUCGAUCAAAGGAAAAGGAAAAGGAAAAGGAACAGACACUUUCAUGGGGGGGGGGGGUCGAUCGGAGAAAAGGAAAACAAAGGGAGAAGGGGAUCUCCGGUCUUCACCUGUUCCAGAAAGAAAAGGGAACGAAGGAUGUAAGGAAGUUGUUGUCGUCUGCGGUGGCAAGGGACGCUGUUGCUGGCGGUAGCGGUGGCGCGUGGGGCUGCUUCGACAACUCCCCUUGGCCUCCUUCCUCCUGUCGUCAGCAGUUAACUCAAAGAAAGGGCAAGGCAGAUCGGAGCAAUAGAACAACAACAGUCAACAUCCAUGGGUGGGGUUUAAUGGCUCCGAUCGACAGAAGAAGGAAGAAGAUGGUGGGUUUGGGUGGUGCUUCAUCGACCGGUGGGGGCUGCAAUCGGCUGCUCCCUUAUGUUUUCUUCUUUCUGAACCUAUGGUACAAUCACAGAGGGAAUACAACAACAUUCAGGGGUGUUUGGAUUGUUUCAAUCGACAGGGAAUGA